AUGGCUUUCCUUCAAUCCACCUACAUAUUCAUGGUUUUCUCGGUUCCUAUCGCUGGAAUGUGUCUCAAUGGCUACGUCUUGCAGAAACUGUGGCGGUUAGCAAGGUUGGUUCCAUUAUUUGUCACUUUUGCUCCCCAUAUUAUUAAUCUGUUUGUUCGGGAUCAUUGAUGUUUAUAAUUUGUUUUCAGGAAAAGUGUUGUGCGCUUCGAGACCACCUCAGGAUUACCACUGGCGGCCAUGUCGGUGAGUGAGAGAGCAAAGCACAAAGGAAGGGGGGGAACCGACCGCGUGGAUUCUAGAUGCAUAAUUGGGGCACGAGGAAUUAGGCUGAAGCUCAGAAGAGAUGAGCAUGUCUAUGGGGAACGUGAGAAUUUUCGGGUGAUGAAAAACCGCUAGAUUUUUGAGAUUUUUAGAACGAACGAAGCGCACAAUUGUUUGGGGAGUCCAAUGGAAUUGCCUAAUUUCAGAUUGGCGAUUCUGUCACGUUGUUCGCUCUCCUGAUGCAAGCUACAUUCCACGUAGCACCAAAAGGAGAAGUCCCGAAUAACGUGCUGAGUACCAUAUGCAAAGUGAGCAAAAUCGGUUCUGGCUCAUUUUUCAUAGCACAAUUUCAGAUCGGUAUCUACCUGAUCCACUCGACAUCCGCAUUCUCCGUCUGGUGUUGGUUCUUUCUUUCCGUGCUGCGUUAUGUCGCCGUGUUCCAUCCAUUCAAGUACCGUACUAUCUGGAGACAGCCGAGAAAUGCGUUGAAGUACAGGAAACUAUAUACCGAUAUUUUGUUUAGACACCGGAAUUUCAGGUUCUUGGCAACUGGCGUCAGUUUGUUCCAAGUGUACGCUCUCUUCAUUGUCACAUACCGUGACAAGGAAAAAAUGUGCGGCGAGUACGACAUAUUUCACGAAAGCCCGUGGAAGGUAAUAAUCUUACUGAAUGAAUAUUAUAAAAAUCGUGGUUUUCAGUACAUUCAUCUUGUCGACAUUUUCCUUUUCUACGCCAUUCCUUCGCUUUUGAGAAUCACUCUAGACUUCCUGGUGCUCAUUCACUGUUACUCUCCAUUUUCGGUAGAUGGUCUCGAAAGGAUCACCGUUGACAGACGGUAUGCAAUCAGUGGUCCCACUACAAAACGGUACGAGUACAGAUUUCAACUUUGAUUUUGAUUUUCGGUUUUUAGGUUCUCUCAAUCCGGUGAAACUGAAUCACUGGAUAACAAAACUCACGUCGCGCUGGCUAUUUCAAUUACUGCAAACACGCCGGUUCGUGCAAACGGCUCAAUCGGAUAUUCUUAAUCUUGAUGUCUUGCAGAGCGUGAAACGCAUUCAGCAGGGGCAUCCAAAAAAGAAAACGGCUAUGGUGAUGCGAUCUAUCCUGAUUUCCGUGCUCAAUCUGAUGCUCAAUCUUCCUUCACACAUUCUUCGCGCCUGGAGUUCCUACGACGAGCAUAGUCUGGAGCAUGAAAUCGUGCAAACGUUAGAACGUGAGUCUAGUGCCAGCCACAUAUUUCCGGUUUUCCCUUUCUUCAAUCACCACAAGGAAAUGUCUUCUUUUCGGGAAGAAAACUCAAUUUUUAAAACUUCUGCCGACGAACCCAUUUUUCUUUAUAAUCCAUUUGUCGUCUGCCGCUCACUCUCUCUCUCUCUCUCUCUCUCUCUCUUUUGUGGGUUGAGGUUUUUACCCCCAGAAUGAUGGGACCUCCGCAAAAGUGACUUGCCUAAUCCGUUUUAACCCUUUCUUCUUACAGCCAUCGCACAAAUGAUGUACUUCUCGCAAUUCGCCUGCAACGCCUUCUACCUGGCCACUUCGAUCUACGAAACGAACGGAUCUCCGAGGAAUACGGUCAUUUCCAGCAGCAAUCGUCAUGUUUCGAGAUGCAUUUCGGAGGAAGAGGCUUAG